UGUAUCGGCCUCAAAAAAAAAAAAAAUAAAAAGUAGGCUUCGGCCGUAAAGAAGACAGAAUAUCUGGAUAAAUUGAACUCACAGUAACUUCGUCAACAUGUCUGUACGUUACGACUGGUACCAGUCCGAGAGCAAAGUGGUAAUCACUGUUCUGCUGAAGAACGCCACAGAGAAGAACUACGCUGUCAAGAUUGAGUCAAAGAAACUACACAUGACCGCCGAUGGAUACGAGCUGGAGAUCCAACUACUGCAUCCCGUUGUCGUGGACCGUUGCUCCCACAAGGCGUAUCAGUCCAAGGUCGAAAUAACUCUGGCCAAGGAAACGGGCGUGCGCUGGGAGACCCUAGAGGAGAAGGCUGCUCCCGCUGCCGUCGCAUUGCCUAAACUUCAUACCAAAAAUUGGGACCAGCUGGUCAACGAGGAGGAGAAGAAAGAUGAAAAGGAGGCCAAGGACGAAGCGGCUCUAAAUAAUCUUUUCAAGCGGAUUUACAGCACUUCCUCACCCGAGGUGCAGAAGGCCAUGAACAAAUCCUUUUCAGAGUCCGGCGGCACCGUGCUUAGCACCAACUGGAACGAAGUGGGCAAGGAUAAGGUGUCCGUGCAGCCGCCCAAAGGAACCGAAUUCCGCCAAUGGGAGAAAUAGGCCUGAUCUGCGGCUAGCUAACACCAAACACACAAAAUACAGACAUUUAUUUACAUAAAAUUUCAGAGUCACAUAUAUUUUUACCCAAACAGCAUGCAUGCGAUGGGCAAACCACAUUAACAACAUAAUUAUGAACUAACAACAAUUGUUUUAAAUAAAAUUGAUAGAAGCAUUGCAAUUCA